AUGGCGCCGCUCGCGCGAACUCGUCGCGGGCCACAGGCUUCCGAGCGCCUCGUGUUGAUCACCAAGAGGAACACGACUGGCUACAAGAACGUGACCUACGACCGCAGCAAAAAGAAGUUUGUGGCGCAGGUGAAGGAUGGCGGCAAGCAAGUCCACCUCGGCUCCUUCGCCACCGCCGAAGAGGCGGCCUCCGCCUACGCUCGCUCAGAGUACGGCCGCGCCGACGCCGCCAAGCUGCUGCAGACCCGCUCUGCUCCCACUGCCGCUGGCGCCGAGGCAGUCCGGCAGGCGGAGAGGGAGGGCCUGACUCUGGUCGCCAGCGGCAGCAGCACAGGCUACAAAGGCGUCUGCUACCACCCGAAGCAGCACGGCAGCAAGAAGUACCUGCUGAGGGUGAAAGCUGGCGGCAAGAAAGUCUUCCUCGGCCUUUUCGCCACCGCCGAGCAGGCCGCGCUCUUCUACGCCCGCUGGGAGGCGGGCAGGGACACCAGCGAUCUCAUCGCGCCGCCGCCGCCACCCGUGCCUUCCUCUGCUGCUGGCGCCGAGGCAGUCCGGCAGGCGGAGAGGGAGGGCAUGACUCUGGUCGCCAGCAGCAGCAGCAGCACAGGCUACAAAGGCGUGAGCUUCUGCCCGAAGCAAGGCAGCAAGAAGUACCAGCUGCGGGUGUGGGUUGGCGGCAAGCGGUUCUUCCUCGGCUACUUCGUCACCGCCGAGGAGGCGGCGCUGGCGCGGCCGUCCGAGGCCAGCAGCUAUGAGGAGGAGGACGGCUUCGACCCCGGCGGACACUGCCGACGCCGUGGCUAA